AUGGAAGCAGACACGGUAAUCGCCCCAGACAUCCGCGGAUGUGGCGACUCGUCUAUCCCCACUUCGAAGAACUACACCGCUGCAGCCGCGAGUGCAGACCUCAAGGCCAUCCUAGACUACCUCAACAUCUCAUCCACAUAUGUCUUCGCGCACGAUAAGGGUGUAGGACUAGCGACUUCCCUCGCUAUCGAACAUCCUUCGCUCGUCAAAGCCAUCAUCCUCGCCGAAUACGCUCUCCCAGGAUAUGGAUAUCCUUUAACCGUCCAGAGUCCUAGCUUAUAUCAGAACUGGCAGCUUGCGUUCUUUGCCGUGCCUGAUGCAGCUGAGUUCUUCGUUCGAGAUCGCGAGAAACAGAUGUUGAGUUGGUAUUUCUUUCAUGCGAGUUAUUCUGGUACAGCGGCUGUGAGUGACAAUCAUUUGCAAAGGUAUACGAAUGAGAUUGCGAAGCCGGGAUUUCUGAGGAGCGGUAUGGAAUACUUUGCGGCGGCGUGGGAUGACGAGGCAUACUUUACUUCCAUUUUUGGAAGUGGACAUAGGUUGCAGAUGCCGUUGUUGGCGCUGGGUGGUGAGGUGAGCUUUGGGCCUGUGUCGCUGUUGGAACAGGUAUGGUCGCAGAUCGGCGAUGACAUUGUCGCUGAGUCGAUCCCGAAGGCUGGGCACUGGAUUGGUGAGACCUUUUUCUUGGGUAGCAUCUCAGCUAUAGCAAAAGAGCUAACGACGGUACAGGCGAUGAGAAUCCGAUUUGGACUGGUAAUCGCGCCUUACGCUUCUUUGAAGAAGCUGGGGAGGUGA